AAUACCACAAAGUAAUAAAUGGCGGCUUGGGAGUUUGAGUUUUAGGAUUAAAAACCUCAUGCGCCAUUGACACCUUCCCUUCCUCCUUCCUUCUUCCUCUCCUCUGCUCUGCUAUCACUUGCGUCUAUUUAUACGGACUCUGAAACGUUCAUUAACCUGUUUCUGUCAAUCCUCCAUUACAGAUACAGCUUCAAGAAAUGGAGGUGAUGGUGCCUGUUCACCGCUUGGACAUGGAUUUCGAUUUCAACAGCGCAAGAGCUUCGCCGUGCGUGACGGCGCCUUCCACGCCCAGAGGCUUCGGGGAUUACUAUCUCAGCGCUCCGCCCAGCCCCUCUCAUCUCUCGCAGCUCUACCGCGAUUUCGAUGAUUUCUUGAUUGAUGAUGAUGGUGAUGGGGAAGGGAAAUCCGCCGCCGUGUACGGUGUUCCGUUCUCCUGGGAGGAAAAGCCUGGAAAACCUAAGAAACGGGAGGAUGUUUUUGAUUUCGCGUUUGAUGUCGGGGAAGAGUGUGAAACGGCUUCUUUGUCGGCGGAGGAGCUUUUUGACGGUGGGAUGAUUAAGCCCCUUGAACCUCCUCAUUCUGGCUAUGGCGGACGGAGGAAGAUGAGCAAGAUUGGAGCUUUCUCGCCGAGAAACAAGAGAAAAAGUGAGUCUUUUGCAGAUGAAGUAGUUGUGAGAAGAACCCCGGAGAGGGAGAGAGGGAGGGAAAGAGUUUCGAGUUUACAGUCAUCGAGCCGGAGAGCGACAAGAUCGGUUUCUCCGCUCAGAGUUUCUCAGUAUCCAUGGGAAGAGGAGCAAGAAAAGCAGCAGCAAGAUUCUGCUAAGCCGCCGCAGCCGUCGUCUUCUCUGUCAUCAUCGUCUUCCUCGAAAGGUUUGGUCAAGAAAUGGAGACUGAAAGAUUUCUUCUUGUUCCGGAGCGCAUCGGAGGGGAGGGCGUCGGAUAAAGACCACCUGAAGAAGUACACGGCGGCGGUGGUUAAAGGGUCCAGUUUCCGGGGAGGAAAUGAUAGCGGCAGCCAUUCUGGGUCGCUUUCGCGGCGGAGGAGAGGGCCGAUCUCCGCCCACGAACUGCAUUACACCUUCAACAGGGCAAUUUCAGAGGAUUUGAAGAAGAAGACUUUCUUGCCUUACAAGCAGGGCAUUUUGGGAAAACUGGCCUUCAAUCCCGCCGUGCAUGCAGUGGCAAACGGCUUCGGACUUUCCCGCAAAUAAAUAAACAGUAAUAAUAAUAUACACAUCUCUGCCUUUUGUUCAAUUCGUUUAAUUUCUUUCUUGUUGUAUAGACAAUUUUCCUUGUCUUUUCAUUUGUUUCAUGUUAAUGUAAUGUUUUGGUGUUGAACCUUAUUAUUAUCAGUUGAGGAAAAUAUCAAACAACUGAGAAUCAGUGAAAUGAAUCAUCCUAUACUGAGUUCUACUC